GUUAUCAUGUCGGUAAUGUCACUUGAAUGUCACAUUUGUUUUGAUUCAAGCCAAAUCACCCAAAAGUUGAUUUUGGCUGCUAAGAAAAUCUGAAUAACAAUGGAAACAACACCGUCAGUAUUAAUAAUUAGUAACAGCAACACGAAACCAGCAUCUAUCAUUAAAUUAAUCACCAAGCAUCAACCCCACAACAAUGAUACCAACAUAUCCAUUCAUCCCUUUCAAAUAAAAACAAAAUACUACACAACCACCAUCAAUUUAAUUGGAUUUAAUGACAAUAUAACAAACUUGGACAAAAAUGCCUCAUUCCUGAACACAAUUGAAGCACUUAUCAUACACAUGGAUGCUAAUAAACCAUCUGCAUUGGAAGAUGUAGAUAAAUGGACACAACUUUUUGAUGAGCUUGAAAUUCAACCAGAAAUUAAACUGCUUCUUGCUAACUACUGCAAUGAAUCCACAGUUAUUUCCAAAGAUGAUGCGAAUCUAUGGUGUUUAGAUAAGGGCUUUGAGUUUGUUGAGUUGUUUCCACCACAGAAUGAAACCCAGAGUGGAGUGAUAGAAGAAGAAAAUGAGUUGGAAGAUGCAUUUGGGGAGGAGAAAGUUGGUGUGGACCGAGUUCUGGAAGCAUUAGAGAAUAAUCUCUGGUCUAACAUGGAGAUGAGUGAUAAGGAUCCAAUGAGUAAAGAAACUGAAGAGGAAACUGAUAUGUUUGAGCUGUUUAGUAAUUUGAUGUCGAUGAAGAGCAAUAUAUCUAAUAUGCCUACAAAUGUGAGGAAACAGUGUGCUGAGCAGAUGGUCACUGCAUUUUGGAAUGCCAUUGGUGGUGAUGAAGAUGAACUUGGAGAUUUGUAGCUCUUUGUAUAUUAAAUAUUUAUCUGUGUAUAAUUCCAUAAAAAUUAAAUAAACAUAAUUAAUAUUCA